UAGUUCCUUUUUCCGACUUGUCACCCCAGAGAGGGGAAAAGGAUGUCAUCAUGUAGUCACCAGCAGAAGAGAAAUUGUGAAAGAGCCCUCACUGUAAAAAGGGCAGCCCACAGGCACCUCGGCCUUCAGAGGAGACUGAGCUUCUCAGAGGACGUGUCUGAAGAGUGGACCCGUGCGUCUGUCCACCAGGCAUGGAACCAAAGCGGAUCAGGGAGGGCUACCUUGUGAAGAAGGGAAGUGUGUUUAAUACCUGGAAACCCAUGUGGGUUGUACUGCUAGAAGACGGAAUUGAGUUUUAUAAGAAGAAAAGUGACAACAGCCCCAAGGGGAUGAUCCCGCUGAAAGGAAGUACUCUCACUAGCCCCUGCCAAGACUUUGGCAAACGUAUGUUCGUGGUAAAAAUCACUACAACCAAACAGCAGGACCACUUCUUCCAGGCAGCCUUCCUGGAGGAAAGAGAUGCUUGGGUUCGGGACAUCAAGAAAGCCAUUAAAUGCAUUGAAGGAGGCCAGAAGUUUGCAAGAAAAUCCACAAGGAGGUCCAUUCGUCUGCCAGAGACAAUUGAUUUGGGGGCUUUGUAUCUGUCUAUGAAAGACCCUGAAAAAGGAAUAAAGGAACUGAAUCUGGAGAAGGACAAGAAGGUCUUUAAUCACUGCUUCACAGGUAGUGGUGUCAUUGACUGGCUGGUUUCUAACAAGCAAGUUCGGAAUCGCCAGGAAGCCCUCAUGAUCUCUGCUUCCCUGCUCAGUGAAGGGUACCUGCAGCCUGCUGGAGAUCUGUCCAAGAACGCAGCAGAUGGAAUAGCUGAAAACCCUUUCCUGGACAGCCCUGAUGCUUUCUACUACUUUCCAGACAGUGGAUUCUUCUGUGAGGAGAACUCCAGUGAUGACGAUGUCAUCCUGAAAGAGGAAUUCAGAGGGGUUAUCAUCAAGCAGGGAUGUUUACUGAAGCAGGGGCACCGGAGGAAAAACUGGAAAGUCAGGAAAUUCAUUCUAAGAGAAGACCCGGCCUACCUGCACUACUAUGACCCUGCUGGGGGUGAAGAUCCCCUGGGAGCAGUCCACUUGAGAGGCUGUGUGGUGACAUCAGUAGAGAGCAGUCCUGAUGGUAAGAAGAAUGAUGAAGAGAACCUCUUUGAGAUCAUCACAGCAGAUGAAAUCCAUUAUUACUUGCAGGCGGCCACUUCCAAGGAACGUACUGAGUGGAUCAAAGCCAUCCAGGUGGCCGCGAGGACUGGGAAAUGAGGACACCAAGAAUCAUCAAGGUGAAGCUGACUGGUAAAGAUUCUACAACCGGGAGAGCAGAGAUGGAAUCCAAGGGCAGACUUUGAACUCCGAGUCGGCAUUCUGUUUUGUCUUCACCUUCCUCACAUGCUUUCACGGUGUAUCAUUUUAAUGUAUUGUUUAUUUAAUAUUCACUGAAGCAAGAGUUCUCAAGCUUUGUAGGUCUGUUCUCUGCACCCCAGCACUCGAAUAAAGCAAUUGUGCCUGCAUAACUUACUACUGGAAGUCUGGAGACCUCACAGAUAGUCCAGAAGUCUCAAGGCUGGAGGAGGAUGAGGCCUUUCAUCUCGUUAUAUGCUGAGUUCUCCCCCGUUUUCUUCUCACCUGAAUAAAACAAUUACCAUGACACUUCAUACAACACAUAAGUCCUCAGCCUACAAGUGUCCCUUGUUCUUCCACCCUUCUGCUCAAUGCCAUUUCCCCAAUGAAUAAGGCUGUCAGUUGGGUCCUUAGGAAAGCUGAGUCUGAGAAACAUAUUAAGAAGGAGAAAGGACAGUAUUAAAAUAGACAAAAGUGCAAGGAAAUAGAGGAAACUUCAACAUAAAUCUAACAAUGGGGUUGUCCUAGAAAGAAUAGCAAGGGACCAUCUUCCCCUGACCAAACAGGACACCAGGUCCUUUUUCUCGUGCAGAGAAAUGACAUUAAGUGACAAUAUAUGUAUGGUCUAAUGAGCAGUAUGUAUGAUCUCUCUAAUUACUCAGAGUCUUAUAAGGAAAAAAGACAGAAAGAACAGAGACAAGAGACUCUUGGUAAGAAGCAUAAGGGUGGACAUAUGGGAGUGGGUGUAAAGUGUGAGGAUGUGUGUGUCAUAUUCUAAUAGCCCCAGAAGCUUCCAUCCUCAAAUCACUUGGCCUGCAAUAACCACAGCCCUAGCACAAAGGACACAUUAAUGUAAUCACAGUGGUGGACAGAGAGGCUGCAUACAGGAACAACAGCAUUGGCUUCAACUUUCCAACCUUAUUUAGCUACAGCCACUUCAGAGUGUCUAGCAUAUGAGCAGUGAAGACCAGUGCUGAACCCUGUGUGGCAUUCUUCAAGGAAAUGAACAAGUUAUAUGAUAGGUUGGUUAUAUUUCAUUCUGAAUAUUUUGUCCUAAUGAGAACAGAUGAUGAAUCUAGCUGUGGAUUUCUCUUUCUUAUUCAGAGUACUCUAUUUAGAGACAAAGUGUCCACAUACUAUAAUGUCUAGUUAGAGAGUUAUUGUAGGUGGGAAAAGGAAAUAUACCCAUUUUCUGGGUCUAGCACAUCCCUCAAUCCCUCAAUCACAUUAUCUCGAGUCUGCCUAGUGCACCAGUUACCAAUUCUUAAUCCAUGUUAAGAAUAUACUUCUUAUAAUUCAUAUUUCUGGUUUUAGAUCAAAACCCUACCAUUCACUGUCUGGAUUCACUUCAAGAGCCUCCAAAUGGAUUUCUGUACCCUACAACUAUACUCCAAUCUAAUAUGUAUAUGUAUAUAUAUAUAUAUAUCACUAAACUCUACAUUAAAUGAAGGACCCUUAAAUAUCUAAUGUUUAUCUUCAAAACUUCAGCUCAUCUCCAAUGUUUCUAUUGCUUGUACCAUAGAGUCUAAGGUGGGUGAACUGUAGUGGUUAAUAAUGUCAACUUGACUAGACUGGGAGAUGCUUAAUGUGUAGGGAAUCAGUUUAGCACAUAUAUAAAUAUGUCUGUAGGGAGAAUUUUAAAAGAUAAUUAAUUCAUGAUAGCUCUGACUUAGUGAAUGGGUAGUUUAAUCCAUUGGUAGAUUUAAGACUACCAAUUGGAAGGUGGUGGAACUUUGCAAGUUGGAGGAAGAAGGUCAAUGUGGGUGUAUCCUGGGGGAGGCAUAUCUUGGCCUCUCCUGUUAUCACUCUGCAAUGAUUACUGUCUGUCAUAAUGUGCCCUUCCCUGGUUCACCACUCUCAAUGACCAUGGUGGACUGAAACCCUUAAAUUUGUGUACUAAAAACAACUCCUUCUUCUAA